AUGGACAGUGAUCAUUUAAAAAAUACUAGAGAAUGGAUUCAUCAAUCUGUUAAAAAUGAUAAUGAUGCAGUAUUAAAUGUAUCAACAAAUGAUAGAUCACCAUACUUUUUAUCACCACAAGAAGAAGAUGAUCAUUUAGAUUUAUUGACAAAGGAGGAACUAGCCAAUCCCAAGCAAUUGGCCAAAGCAGUUUCACUUCGAAUUCCAAGAUACGUACCCAUUCUCAAAUGGAUUAAAUCAUAUAACAAACAAGAUGCGAUUGGAGAUAUCUUGUCUGCCAUUACAGUCGCUAUUAUGCUUGUUCCUCAGGGUUUGGCUUAUGCCAUUCUCGCUGGUCUACCUCCCAUCUAUGGUCUUUAUUCUGGUUGGUUACCUCUUGUUAUUUAUUCAUUUAUGGGUUCUUGCAAACAACUUGCAGUUGGACCAGAAGCAUUAUUAUCAGUUUUAUUAGGAUCUAUUUUAGCAGGAUUUCCAGAUAGUGAAGUUGUAGAGGUAUCACAUGCAUUGGCAUUUUUGGUUGGUAUUAUUAGUUUCCUGUUUGGUAUUUUCCAAUUUGGUUUUUUGGGCUCGAUUAUUUCGCGUUGGGUAUUGAGUGGAUUCAUCAAUGCCGUCGCCUUGAUCAUUGCCAUUUCACAGUUGGAUGCGAUUAUUGGCGUCAAGUUUCAUGGACACAUGGGUCCAUACGAAAAGUUUUAUUUUGCCAUCACACACAUUGGUGAUGCCAACGUCAGGACGAUCGUCUUGUCGGUAUGUUGUGUAUUCUUUUUGUUUGCAAUGCGUUUUGUCAAGCAAGGUCUCGUCAAGAAGGGAUUUAUCAAUGCCAAGUACAUCCCCGAGAUUAUGUUGUGUGUGGUUGGGUCGAUCCUCAUCACCUUCUUUUUCGGACUCGAUGAAGGCGAGAAGGGUGUCCUCAUCGUCGGUCCAAUGGACGGCGGCUUCCCCGUCCCCCGAUUCCCACGUCUCCAAUUUGACGAGUUGCAAAAACUCCUACCACAAGCAUUCUUGAUGGUGGUGGUUGGUUUUGUCGAAGCAACUGCCGUCUCCAAGUCAUUGGCCACCAAGCACAACUACUCGAUCUCUUCGAAUCGUGAGUUGGUCGCUUUUGGCACGUGCAACAUCCUCGGUUCCAUCUUUAGAUGUUAUCCCGUCUUUUCGUCAAUUCCACGUACUUCGAUUCAGGAUAUGGCCGGCUCGCGUACUUGUCUCUCUGGUUUCUUGACAUCCAACAUUUUGCUCUUUACCUGUCUCUUUUUGACACGUCUCUUUACCUAUCUACCCAUUUGCACGAUGGCUGCCAUCAUCUUUGUCGCUGCGAUUGGCUUGCUCGAGUUGCACGAAGUUGUGUUCCUCUGGAAGACACGUUCGUGGUACGAUCUCAUCCAAUUCAUGAUUGCGCUGCUCUCGACAUUCAUCCUCGAGGUCGAGCUCGGCAUCCUCAUCUCGGUCGGUAUGUGUAUCUUCCUCGUGCUCAAGCACUCGUCCUCACCACACGUCUACUCGGUGUUGGGUCGUGUGCCCGGCACCAACCGCUUCAAAGACGUGUCCAAGUUCCCCGAGGCCGAGCCCAUCGAAGGUAUCCUCCUCGUACGUGUCGACGAAGUACUCUACUUUGCCAACAUUGGCCAGUUCAAGCAGCUCUUGUCCGAGAUUGAGCGCAUGAUGGAUAAGGCCGGCUCCGAGUCUGGUAACGGCUCCGUCCCCCUCCAGUCAAUCAUCAUCAACGUCUGCAACAUCCCCGUCGUCGACGCCUCUGCACUACUCACCCUCCAAGAAAUGGUAGAAGCCUACCACAAGCGUAACGUCAAGGUGGCAUUUGUACAAGUAAGCGAAAAGAUCAAAGAGUCAUUCAAAAAGAGCGGUCUCUACGACAUUAUCACCCCCCAGUUCAUCUUUGACUCCAACUUUGAGGCUGUCACCUUCCUCGAGCAACACAUCGAGGCCAAGCUUCCCGAGAACCAGUCGUCUGUAGAUGGCGCACCCACUAAAAAUCAUUUCGAAGACGAUGAAGAUUACAAUGAUCAAGGUGCCAUCAUCUCUGAUGGUCUAAGAAUGGAUGAUUAUUCUGAUCCAGAUUCUGAUGAUUUCAUUUCAAAAUAA